CUCAGUUCCGCCUCCUCCAAACUGGCAGCCGUUGCUGGAGUUAGCAGCAGCAGCAGCAGUGAACGUUCCUCUGAAUAUUACCCACUCAUUGAAUGAAAGUCAGGGGCUGGCUGUGGCCGGUAUCUGCAAACCACUACGGUUAUCUCCCAGUGUGGCUUCUGGACGCUUUGCGACGCAGUGCCAACAGGAAUACAUCUGAUAAAGAAGGCAGGAAAAAAAAAAGGUUAGAGAGAAAAGGAGCAGGGGGAAGACUGAAGCGAUGCAGCGGGUCACGGCGCAGCUCGUCGCCGGGCUGCUGGCAGCGGUGCUGUCUCUGCUGUCCGAGCAGAGCUGGGCGGACGGCGGGGGCCCCAGCCUCUCAGAGCGGGUUAUCUGGGCUGUGAACGCCGGGGGAGAAGCGCACAUUGAUGUCCACGGGAUUCAUUUCAAGAAGGACCCGUUGGAAGGGAAAAUCGGGAAAGCCUCUGAUUACGGCGUCCGUCUGCCCAUCCUACGCUCCAGUCCAGAGGACCAGAUACUCUACCAGACAGAGCGUUACAACGAAGACACCUUCGGGUACGACGUCCCCAUUCGUGACGACGGAGACUAUAUACUAGUCAUGAAGUACGCAGAGGUUUACUUUGCCCAGUCACAGCAGAAGGUGUUUGAUGUCCGUGUAAACGGCCACACGGUGGUGAAGGACCUGGACAUCUUUGACAGAGUGGGCCACAGCACGGCUCAUGAUGAGAUCGUUCCCUUCUCUAUCAAAAAAGGCAAGCUGAGCGUCCAAGGGGAGGUGUCCACCUUCAACGGGAAGCUCACCGUGGAGUUUGUGAAGGGUUAUUACGACAACCCCAAAGUCUGCGCGCUCUACGUGAUGAAGGGGACUUUAGAAGAUGUACCAAAGCUUCAGCCUCACCCAGGCCUGGAGAAGCCCGAAGACGAGGAGGAAGAAGAGGAGGACAGCGAAGUGGGCGAGGAAGGAGGGAAGAAAAAAGUCCAGCCAGACUCCAAGUACAGGGUCCAGUCGGGCCCCCGGACACCGAACCCCUACGCAGCCGACAACAGCAGCCUGAUGUUCCCCAUCCUCGUUGCGUUCGGAGUGUUCAUCCCCACGCUGUUCUGCCUCUGCCGGCUGUGAGCUGAAACUGACAGAGAGGGGGAGACACCAGCAGGCGAGACGAGAGAGAAGGGGAGAGAGAGAGAGAGAGGGGGAGAGGAGGUGACAACAGCAGCACAGGUACAAGCAUUCACACAGGAGAGAGAGAGAGAGAGAGAGCCAGAGGCCUGGGAGGACAACAGAGACAAGCUAUCGGAGAGCCACUGCCAGACGAAGCGAGCGCCGCUUUAAGAACCGGAGCUGUUGGAAGUGAAUUCUGCACGCUUCUUCGAAUGUGUUUUGCCUCCACCUCUGCUGACACCUUUUUGAACAAUCUGUCAUUUCCACUUUAAAAGCUGGCCAGGAUUCCCAGCAGCCAGCCUUCAUGCUAGAAGCCACAUUUCUGCAGCUCUGAGAUGCUCAGGAGAGAGCGAGCUGGGCCAAUUUUCUAAACUAAAACCCAUAGUUUUUGUACGGGGGGGGUGCAGCUCGGAAGCGAAGCCUCUAAAACUCCUGAAAACGGUGCUGCUUAGGAACGGGAUAUCUAGGAUAGAAAGUGUGAAUGAGACGGUCCAUCAGAGGGGGGCUUCUGCUCCUCUCUGCUUUGAAAACCUUUUAGUUGACUUUCUGUUGACAUGCUGUCAUCUACCUGCCAUAAAACGGAGGAAAUUAAAGCUUGAACCAGCUCUGGAGCUGGCGCUGUCCGAGUCCGCUUGCCUUUAUGUAAACAUGGGGUUCACAAGUCUGCUAAAAAAAAAAAAAAAAAGCCUCUCUGGACAUCUUCCACCCCGUUUCUACGCUGAUUUGAUCACCACUCCAAAUACGGCUCCAUCUGGAAACGGCGUUAAAACCUCUUAGGAAUCUGGUGUGUUUGUUAAAGUCAAUGCUGUGAAAUGAUUGUACAGGAGCGUCUCAAUGAAUGAGAAUAUCAGAGGAACCAGAAUAUAGAUCACUAAUCCAGAUUAACAAAUGGAAUUCUAUUCAUCCAUUUCUUUGACUCACUGCUAAUAAAUUUAUCUGCAAGCUGACAUUAGAUCAAUGAAAUGUACUGAACAGCAAACCUGAUUGGAGGUGUUCAGCUGUCAAUCAUUUAUAGUUCCUAGCAUUUCUAGCCAAUCAGGCACUAGUUUAAAUCAGAUUAAAUAAAGCUUUAAAAGCAUACAUAGUUAACUCGUUGGUGUAGAAUUAAAAAAAUAAAAAAUAAGGAACAGGAGCCUGAACCGACAGAUGAAGUCAUUUUUGAUAAGAAACCUGCUUUUUUCCUCAUAUUUUCCUUCCACUGAACUUUCCUGUUACUCAUUGGAACUUAGUCAGUUUAUCUGACUACCUGCUGGAAAAAGAGCAUAAUAAUACCAGCUCUUUUUAUUCGUAUUGGCCUAAUGGAAUAUUUGAACUUAGAAAAUAUAAAUUGGGGGUUUUGAUUAGCUGUAAGUCAGAGACGUCCCUGUUGAAAUGUUUAUGGCGACUCUGUCCAUUUUUUAAAUUUUCUAACUUUAAUGAAGUGAUGAGAACUUCCUGAUGUUUUGAUUGCUUGAGAUGCGCCUGUACAGCCCGUCUGCUUUCCUUUCUUUCACCCAUUCAUUUGUGUUGCAUGUCUGCCUUUUCGUUUCACCAAAGAAUGUUGGAUUUUCUUUUUUUAAAUCACACGGAGAAGUUUUGAUUUCAGUGAACGGUGAAUCAGCAGUGAGCUGCGUGCCGUGAACCCGUCCCUCCGUCGUGUCUCAGAUCCGUGCCAAUCGACGCGUCCUUCGCUUGUCCUCCUUUCAAACGUUAAUCUGUUCACCUGCUUCCAAAGGUGAGAAAGCAAAACGUUUCCAGUCGCCAUGCCCUCCUUCGGCCUUUUCCCUCAGUGCCGUCUUAAAGGGGCUCCAGCGUGGAUCUGUUGGGUUAGUUCUAGAUUAUAUAUCUCUUUGUUUUUGGUUUACGAUUCUACUUUCCUCCCUUAAGUGCUUUGCUCUGACUCCAAGGAUGACUUUGAAACCUUGCUCGUUUCACAAACGCGUCUUAAACUCCCUCCUUACGCCUCCUUUCCUUCCUCUCCCCUCCAGUGUUGAUGUUACCUUGAACAGUACUUGAGAGGGAAACAGAUUUCAGAUCCUCCUUCUGUCCUUUGGUUCUCCCCUCCUUUAUGUUUUUAAAGCAGUUUUUGUCAGACACUUUCUGAACUUGUUUCCCGGGUUCUUCCUUUUUUUUCAGUUGUUUUCACUGAAAGCAGAAGCACCUUUACUUUUCUCCCGUAAAGAUGCGUUGGUUUAAUUCAGCACCAAAGUCACCAUCGUCCUCCUGGCGGUCGGUCUACACAGUCGCGUGUGUAUAUAAACGGUACAGAAACGCUUUAGUUGUCGUCGUUUCGGGGAGUUUCUUUCAUGUAGCCGAGGUGUUUGGGGUGUUUUAAAUUCGUGGCCUUUCUUUCUGGGGAGAAGCGCUCGUCGGUUCCUGGCAUUUAGGGAUCGAUGAGGCGUGGCGUCGGAUAAUGCGACGGCUUCGGUUUUAUUCUAAUUUAAAUCAGAGGGGGCUGACCUGGAGAUGUUUAUAUUUGAGUUCUUUUCUUCCUCAGGAUCUGUUUUAAGUUUGUGAAACAUGAUAUUCUAUUGGUGUGACAUUUUGCACUGCCUCAUGUAUGUUUUCUUUUGUUUUUUUUGUUGUUGCCUUGAAUUAUUGAAUACAUUGUGCUUUACCAUCCUUCGCCUUGAGAUUGCGCUUUUUGUCGGUCAUACAAGAACAUCCUGGCUGCUUCGUCGAUGGACAGUUUUCAGGGAUUCUUUUUCCCAACAGGGGCUCGAAUUCAGAAGCAGAGUUAUUCCAUCUAAACUCACUGACCUCAACUUUACUAGGAGCAAAGCCAGCUGAGAAACAUCCACCUCCCCCAAACACACAGCGGCGUCAUUUUAGGACCGCUUGUCUUUUCAUCCCACAGCUGAAUGAACGAGACUGAAGAUGUUUUUGUUUUUCUUGCCACACAGGAACCAAAGAAACGCCAUCCCAUCAGAUUUCAUUUUUCUAAUUAUAUUAAUGAUGGACCUCUCUGGCUUUUCCUGUUCAAUACCGAUCUCCCACUUUUUGUCAGGGUUUUCUAUUUAUCUGCACCACAUAAGAAAAAAAAUGGUUAAUUAAAAAUCAUUAUUCCUGCAUCAAAACAUGGAUCCCUAAAAUGGUGCAUUUAGAGUCUGAAGGGGUUGGAAAUCCAUCCUGGUUUGAUGCAUUUAAUAUUUUUUUCAAAGAUAACUGUCAAUAAAAAUGAUUGUGUUGGUGCCUUAAUUUGUCGAUUCAUGGGAUUCUUAUCUCGUUCAAAGUUUAUACUUAUAUUUACCAAUAAUAUAAAUCUUUCAAAACAGAGUAUUAAACCUGAGCAUAUCUCAGGGGAAGGAAAACUUCUCCUGUUUUAAAAUAUAGAAGAUUUAUCUGUGGUUCUGUUAGUAAAAGUGAUUAAUGUCCUUAAAAAGAACUGAAUACUUGCUGCUCUAUUUAAACAUGAAAUACAUAAUUAAAUUAAGAUUAUUUAUUCAUUGUCAACGCAUACAAACGUAAAAUCUGAUAUUUUAUAUGUGAGAAUAAAGUUACAAACUUACAACUUCAGCAAAAUACAAGUAUAAAUGUUACUACUACAUAUCUACAA